AAAGGCAAAAAACAUACAACAGCUGGGAUUCGCUAAUGGUCACCCACUUAACUACUAAUCAGCCGGUUCACAGCUUAAAGAUGGCAGAGCGAACGGGAUGCCUUGUUUUCUGUGACCUAUGGUCGUAUGUGCUUGAAGAAAUUAUUGAAAUGGACUAUAUAGUUAUGGCGAUGAUAGGUUUAAGGCGUUGAAGUUAUUUUAUGUUCGAUUGCUACUAGCGUUACGACUAUAUUUGAAUGGCUUUGUAGGUUAUAGAUUUACGUGUAGUUGACUUUGUUACUAGCUAUGUACAUUACUUAUUGCGUAGUUUAUAGGCAAUUGAGUUUAAUGUUUAGUUCCGUUU